GGAAUAGCUUCCCACUUCCUACUCACCGCCAACUCGUUCCGCUCAUUCAUCGGCGACCUUUUCACGUCUGAUUGCGGUGUUUAUGGUCGUUAGUUCGUUCCGCAGCCUGUGUAAAAUAUCCACGGGGAUUUUAUACGCCAUGAAACCGCAGGUUGUGUUUGUCCUGGGUGGACCGGGAGCCGGAAAAGGUACACAGUGCGCCAAAAUAGUCCAGAACUACAGCUAUACCCAUCUGUCUGCUGGAGACCUGCUGAGAGAGGAGCGCAAUCGGAAGGACUCCGAAUCGGGACAGCUGAUCGACCGCUACAUCAAGGAUGGAAAGAUCGUCCCUGUGGAGAUCACCAUCGGCUUACUGAGCACGGCAAUGAACAAAACCAUGAAGGAAGAUGGAAGCAAGAUCCGCUUCCUUAUUGACGGGUUCCCUCGCAACGAGGAUAACCUUCAGGGCUGGAGCAAGGUCAUGGACGACAAAGCAGACGUCAAAUUCGUCCUAUUUUUUGACUGUAGUAAUGAAGUUUGUAUCAACAGGUGUCUCGAAAGAGGGAAGAGCAGUGGCAGGACGGAUGACAACAAAGAGAGCUUGGAGAAAAGGAUCCAGACCUACCUCCAGUCCACACGGCCAAUCAUCGAUCUGUACGAGAAGCAGGGAAAAGUGCGCAGGAUCAACGCCUCUCGCUCCGUCGAUGAGGUCUUCGCUGACGUGAAGUUGAUCUUCGACAAAGAGUGUUGAACCUGCCGACUCCGCACCAAUGAAGUUCAUUGUAUUCAGCGAUGCUACGCUUCCUUUAUUUACACCUUUAUCUUUUUACUCAUUUAAGUAUGAUUUUCUAUGUGUGUACGUGUGAAAGGAGGACAUUUGACCAUUUCCACUUAAUAAUUCCCAAGAGGAAAAGCAAUAGAGUCCAUUUAAAGGACAUUUUCAAUAAUUUGGUGUUUUAUCUGUGGCCAUAUGGAUAUGGACAUGCGUCAUAUGGCUAUUAUGUUGUUAUUACGGAAAAACGAGCAGCGAUCACAGGGGGCCAAGAACUGAUAGUGCCUCCGUGGCUAAUUUACGAAGAGUACGUUUAAAAUUGUUCUUAAUUUAAUUUUAAGUAGUGUUGCAUUAAAUUGACACACAACCAGAAACAGGUUUAUUGGCCAAGUGUGUUGACACACACAAGGAAUUUGGUUCCAGCUGUACUGUAUUGUGAUACCCAUCAUCACCAAUAUAUUAAACAGAAUAUAUUUUAAAAAAAUCGUUUAACUACAGAACAUGGAUCAUGUGGUUGGUCAGACGGUUUUGGACGGUUCAGACGGUUUUUGAUUGGUUUUACACCCUUACACACAAAGUGCAGCCUUCUGUCCUAUUACUAUUAAAAUCAUUUGUCUUUUCAACCAUCUAAAGUCACAGUAUAAACUGAUAUUAAAAGAUGUCUCCUACUUCAA